AUAUCCAGUAAGGCCUGAUAAGUUCAUUUAACAAAUCUUCCAGAUCAUCUGUGAGUGUACACUGCUCUAACCUCCUGUUUAAUGUGCUGGUGAUUGUGGUAUUGAAGUUUAUUCCUGAUCUGCUGCUUUCUCCUUUCCUGCCUGCUUUGACCGAAAACAGAAUUCUAUUUUAGAUCUAUACCAGGUAAUUAUGUUUGCUUGGCAUGUUGCAGUGCUCCUUGUUACAUUGCAUUCAGAAGUGUUAGUCAGGCAGGGGAAAGUGCCAUGACAGGUGGAGUAAAAUCACAUUGCAGCCCAGCUGUAGCCCACCAGGUCCCUUUGUCCAAGAGUUCCAGGGCUUGUGGUUCAUUCUCCCAAGUAUUUGACCUGGCUACAGAGCAGGAUCCUGACAUAAAUGCCUGAGUUAAGCAGAGACAGGUAAAGCGAUGAACCUCGCCCAAAUAUUGACUCUAUACAGGUGGGAGAAGGUGGCACAGAUCCUGUCCUGGAGGUGGGAGAGAUGAAUUACCAGGAGGUAAAUAAAGUGUCUGCUGAGUCCUGGGAGGGCUCUUGGCUUGGAUAACUUACGGCCUGUUGUGCCUUUACUGCAGAAAGGCUGUUUCAAAAGGUGUUUGCAGAGCUGUGUGCAAGUUCAUUGUGCACAUUUUAUGUGGCUGGAGGAGCUUUAUCAGGAUGAAUGGACCCAUGAGGACUAAGGGGAAAUUAAGCAGGACUCCCUGCCAUGUCCUUGCCUUCCUGUGUGCACUGUGCAGGCUUCCCAUGAGAUCACAAGGAACUGCAGGAGCCCUGCCUUGGGCAGCAGCCUGUGGGAAGCAUGGCACAGGGACUUCAGCAGGACAUGAGCAGCUCCCUGUCACUGUCCUGGCUGUGGGAGAGGGAGCUCCAGACAAAAUUUACUGGAGAAACCCUGUCACCGAGUCACGAGGUGCAGAGAGGACCCCCUUGCUUUUUAAACUUCUCAGAGAGGAGCCUGAAGGUGUCUGGAUGCAAUCUUAGCCUCAGACUGUCAACAAUCCAAAUAACUUUGACCUUCAGGAUUUAAAGAUGGCAAAUCAGAUAUGUUUAUGUAAAACAAAUUAUUUAUUAUGACAAAUGAUUAGACAAAAGAUCCUAAUCAGAAUUACUAACUACACAGAAUAAAAGCUGAAACAACUGAUAGUUAUGUAGUAUAACAUAGUGCACUAAAUUAAUGCAAUUGUAUUAAAGGUAGCAAAAAGAAACAUUGAUGUAAUUCACCAUACCAACACUGAGAGUGGACAGGUCUCUUUCUCUUAACAUUGAGGAGCAACCUUGAGGGGCGUCCCCACUCAAGGGAGAAUCUCCACACACUGUUCAAGAAGGGGUAUCUCAGAAGAACCUCUUGUAUGGAAAGUGGACUGGAUUUUGAGAAUGUAAAGGAGCUGUCAGUCAUAUGCUUGCAGGCCAGUUUAGCAGCUUAUCUGCCAAAGAUUUGCCUUGCUGUUGGGAUGCUGAUUUGGGCUUGGUGUGCUCAACUGAGUUUCAGCUGAAUUCAACACCAAAACAUCACCUAGGACCCUUCUCAAUCCACCCUGACAGAUUUGCAAAUAGGACAUUGUCCACCGAGUUCUUGACCACAUUCCAGGUCAAAGCAUGAGGGGGCUUGGGGGGAAAGCAUCCUGCCACAAUUCCACAGGAUAGAAAUGACCCCACAGGUGGGCUGGAGCAGAGCAGAGCUGCUCCCCAGCUGCUGGGAAAUGCAGCAUGAGCCCACACUCCCCAGGGCUCCCAGGCUGUGCAUGCCCACAUCACUGCCACCCUCAGGUGGCACCUUCAGCAGGGAGGGCAGGCUGAAGGUCCAGGUGCUGCCAGCCUUGGGUAUCCCCAUCUGCUGUGUGACAUGGGAGCAGCAGCUGCUCCUGGGGUGCACUCUGGACACUGGUGAUGCCCUGCUGCACAGAAGGGCUGCUGGAAGGCAGGAGGGAGGGUUCAGGCUUCAACAGCAGUGGUUUUUCCCGAACAGAGAAUCCUGAGCACAGCUGGCUGGUUUUAGUCAAGGCCAAGAGUCACAGAGGGGAUGUGGGAAACAUGGAUCCAAGUCCCUCUUCAGUUUUAAUUAAUACGGAUCUGAGCCCAGCUUCCCUCCCCUUCUCCAAGACAGCUCUGGGUAUUGUGGAGAGUUACCAGCAGCCCAAAUGAUGUUGUUUUUCAGCACUGCAUCCAUACACGUCCUGCAGUAGGAAGCAGGAACUUGUUUCCCUGGCAAACACCCAGCCCCUCACUGCUCCUUUCUUGCUGGAAAUGUUACUGUUUGAUUGGCAUGAGAGAGACAUGGAACCACAUCUGCAGGAUGGGCUGGGAGAGGCCUUGUGAGCUGAUGUAAAAUCCAGUGGCGUGGACAGACUUGGAGAGGAUCUCUGUCCUGCUCUUACCAAGCAGCGGGAGAAUGUGACCUUGAUGGAGGCCAUGCCCGGGGCUCCUUGUCCUCUUUGUGUGGGGUCUGUGUGAUGUCUUACAGGGCUGCUGGCAGAGGUUUGGGCUGACAGAUGAGUGCACUGGCCCGUGGUUUGCUGUGCACUGCAUCUGCUUCAGGCUGCCUACCCUAGAGUGUGCUGUUCCCUUUCAGAAAUGCUCCUGCUGCAGCUGCAGCUCCUGAGCCACUCCUGCAGCACGGCUUGGCCUUCAGGCACCACCUGGGCCGGGGGUGAGGUCUGGUGUCCAGCUUGACCCUCUCUUCUUCUUGCUGUUUUAGUGGCUUUAAUUCAUCACUUUCCACAUGGGGCUGGGAGCAGGAGAAGGCAGGCUGGCAAGGACAUGGCACAGCACCCUGAGGGGGCUGAGCCUGCUGUGAGGAGAACUGGAGCUUAAUGCCUGGGCAAAGUUUGGUGGCCUCAGUCUACACAAAAAUGAAACCCCUGCCUGCAGAUGGAAAUCUGUCCUCUCUUCUGAGCAAGGGUAAGCUCUUCAGCUACUUGCUCUCGGAGUCCUGGUUUGCUCCUCAGCUGCUUCUGCAUCUCCUGUGGGCAGCCACACCACGCGUGCACCAAGGGCUAUUUCUGGUGGUGGUGCACGCUGUGCUGCAGCUGCAAACCCCAGCACAGCCACACUGCUCCAUCCUGUCUGCUCACAGCUCUGUGAUCCUACCACAGGGCACAUCCUCCCUGCCCCAAACUCACCCCAGCCGGGGCUGUGUGUGACCAUCCUGUGUGCAAGCUGCUCCCGCAGGCAGUGCUGACAACAGGAGCUCUGCAGGGAAACGCUGAGGCAGCUCCUCCAAAGGUCACCCUGGUGAUUACGAGCACAGGAAAGGCUCAGAUGUGUGACAAAGCUGUGGCUGUGAGAUGAGGGGAAGUGUGCACUGUGACUGCUGUUACAGGAGCUCAGGAAACCAAAGCCUGUGGAAGGAGGAGGGGCUCGGGCGCUCUGUGGCACGAGGACCUCACCCCCAGCACUGGUCCCAUGAAUGCAAGCAGCUGGUAGAGAUAAAAACCAGGGCAGUGAAGAUGUUCAGCCACCAGAGUCAGGCAGCAGCUCUGCUCCUUCACUGCCCUGGGAAGGCAGCACUUGGCUGGAAGCGUUGGGAUGUGCAAUGCUUGUGUUCCAGCUGAUCCAGCACUGGUGUCAUCAAAGCUGCAUGGCUGUCUUGCCAUCCUGUCAGAGAACGUGAGCCCUGCUGAGGGCCAUGGUGGUGCCCACAGAGACUGACUCGUAUGGCUAAGGGCAGCCUCAUGAGCAGGAGGGAGGACACAGCCACUGCCUGGCCAGGUAAGCGACGCAUCCGGGUGAUUUCUGUUGGGAAUUUUGGUUCCCACUAUUUGAUGCUAAGCUGGUUACACUCCUCUGUACCAGCACCUAUUUCCUGGGGAUAGAGCCAGUCCCUUACUGUUGGUGAUCCUUUCCCACCUCAGAUGAAAGGAAUCUGCCUUUGGCAUGGCUUGUGGGAAGGACGCAGAUGAGCUCCUGAAAAGCAGUGGCACAAAGCUGCAGGAUUCCCUGAGAAGGGAAAUGACAGAGGAUGACACCCGUCUCUAUUCUUCCUGUGUGCUUUUAGAUCCCUUAAGUUUGCUUGCCAGACCUGAAAUGCCACUAGAGACUAAUCAAGUGAUCCUUUGGGUCCCACAGGUGCAUGGGGUGUGGGCCUGCGUGCGCUCCUGCCCUCCCAGCUGCGUGUGCACCCCAGAGAGGAGCUGCUCCGUACUCUGUGACCGCGCCGGGCUGGGGCAGAUCCCCAGCGAGUUCCCCUGCGAAGCCUCCUCCAUCAACCUGGAUAAAAACAGCAUCAAGUUCCUGUCUGAGAGGGCCUUCGGGACGCUGCCUUCCCUCAAAUCCCUGUCACUCAACCACAACAACAUCUCCUUCAUCACGCCGGGCGCGUUCAAGGGGCUGCCCAGCCUGACGGAGCUGAAGAUGGCCCACAACGAGUACAUUCGCUAUCUCCACACUCGGACCUUCACCGCGCUCCGGCGCCUCGUGAGGCUGGACCUGGCCGACUGCAACCUCUUCAACAUCCCAGACAGGAUCUUCAUCGAGCUGCCUGCUCUGCAGGAGCUGUUCUGCUUCCAGAACAACUUCCGAAGGAUCCCGGGUGCCAUCAGGGGCAUGGAGAACUUGACCCAUGUGUACCUGGAGAGAAAUAGGAUCGAAGCGGUGGCCUAUAACUCCCUGCAGGGCCUGACCAAGCUGAAAUACCUGAAUCUGCAGGACAACAAGAUAAAUGUCAUCCACGAGCGAGCUUUUCAGGGCUGUCAGAGGAUGGAGUACCUGUACCUGAAUGACAACUUGAUCAGUGAGCUUCCAGAAAACUCUUUUGAUGGCCUGAGGCGCCUGAAGAUGCUCAACCUGGGGGGGAAUUUUCUCAGGAACAUUUCCAACACCUGGUUCCGGGACUUGGGGGAGCUGGAGUUCCUCUACCUGGACCGCAACAGGAUCAGCUACAUCGAGGAAGGGGCUUUUGAGAACCUCACCAGCCUGGUGGCCCUGCACUUGAACAGCAACAACCUGACUACGCUGCCCUUCUCCGUGUUCGAGCCCGUGUACUUCCUGGGGCGGCUGUACCUCUUCCGCAACCCCUGGGAAUGCGACUGCCGCAUCGAGUGGCUCAAGGAGUGGAUGGAGAACUACAGGCUGGUCAGGGAUAUUCCGUGUGCCUCCCCCUCCUCCGUGGCUGGGGUUGAUCUGACGGACGUGCUCUUCGAGAGGUCUCCCGAAGGUUACUGUCUCGACCCGGAGGAGCUGAACGUCACGUCCGAGCGGCCGACCGCAAGCGAGGAGCCUUGGUCCACCACGGAGAGCAAGUUCAACAGCCUUAUCUCCAAACUCCUGCUCCAGAUGGGCCUUCCCGAAGAGGUGGCAAAUGCCACUGAAGUGUACAGUAACAGCACGCAGCCGGACGGACAGACUGAAGGGGUUUCUUCCGGCGUGGGGGAGGACAGAACUGAGGCUGACUCCUCUUCCUUGUACCCCCCAGCACUUUUGACAGCGAUUGUUCUGCUGUGCAAAUAGUCCAAGGGCUGGAUGGAGCAGGGGUUCUGCUCAAGUGUUUAGACCCUGCACCUACUUAGUCAUCAGAGAAAAGUUUUAUUGUGGGCCUCUGAUAUGUAAAGGGCUCCAAACUCUUCCAGGCUGGGUUUGUUGGAUCUGGCUCCAGAUUCCCCUGGGAGCUGGUGGGAUCCGGGUCCCACUCUGGGUGACAAACCUGCCCUGUGGGUGUCCCAGAGGCUCCUGGCUACCCACAGGGAGAUGAGCAGCACUAUGAUUGUGCCUGGAGAUGUGUGAUGUUCUGCUGGGAAAGGAGGGAAGAGGGCUCUAUCUGUGGGGUGUUUGUCCCAUCAGGCCAGCUUGAGAGAGCAAGAUGUUCCAUGGUGACUCAGCUUCGUGAGAGCAAGAUGAGGCUGCAAAACUGGGCCCCUCUUCACGUCCUGACAGACACCCACACCCACAGCAGAUGCUGCUGAACAACAGGAAAUUAUUCCUGAUUUCCCCCAGUGGGUGCAGGAGGGAGCAGGGCAGUCCUGGACAACAUCCAGGGAUGCCGCAGGAAACAUGUACAGGCCUCAUGGAGACAUCCAGGGAACAUGUACAGGCCUCAUGGAAACAUCCAGGGAACAUGUACAGGCCUCAUGGAGACAUCCAGGGAACACGUACAGGCCUCAUGGAGACAUCCAGGGAACACGUACAGGCCUCAUGGAAACCUCCAGGGAACACGUACAGGCCUCAUGGAAACAUCCAGGGAACACGUACA